CGUCCGGUGUGCUGACAUCACCGGCAGGAAAGGGGAUCUGAGAGGUUAUUCAACGAUCCACGUUGUUUGCACCAAGUUUUAAUCCCUGUUUUUUUCUUGCAUGUCCCUUACAGUGGCCGCCCCCCGCCCUGAGCGCACAGAGCAGCGGGUGCCUGGAGCUGGAAGACUUUUAGAUAGAAACGCGAUCAGAUUCCUCUUUGACCCGGCGUUAACUGACGGGCACACAGUUGGUUUUUUGUGAGAAUCUUGAAAGGAAGUGUGUCAUCAGACAAGGCAAAGCCUCUGAGCGAAUUCCUCAUUCUCCUUUCACCUACCCACAACUCAGAAAGAUGAUCAUCACCAUCUUGUCUGCAUGCCUUGGACUGCAUCUGCUGUUGGGACAUUGUCGAGGAGCUUUGGAGAUCCAAGUUCCCGAAUUCCCUGUGAUUGCCAGAUAUGGGAAGGAUGUCACCCUGAACUGCACUUUCACGGCAGAGGGCAACUUUUCCCUUAGUGACCUCAGUGUCAUAUGGCUACUCACCGAGACUCGAACCAUGGUACACACCUUCUCCCACCAACAGAACAUUCAGAACGACCAGGAAGACGGCUUUGUGAACAGGACGGCCCUCUUCCUGGAGGAGCUGGGCAAAGGGAAUGCCUCCUUACUCCUGAGGCACGUGAAGAUCGAGGAUGAAGGCAGCUUCACCUGCUUUGUUCGAAUUAAAGACCACAACAGCGCUCCUAUCAUGCUCCAGCUCGCAGCCUCUUACUCCAAGCCCAACCUUCAACUGGAGCCCAGCAAAGACCUGAAGCCUGGUGAUGAGGUGGCCAUUGCUUGCCAUUCCUCGGGGGGCUACCCGCCAGCAACGGUCCAGUGGCUUGACGGGAAAGGGAGCAACAUCACUGAGAACAUCACGACGUCGCAGGUGGCCAAUGAAGAGGGCCUGUUUGAAGUGCACAGUGUGAUCCGGGUGAUACUGGAGCCAAACAGCACGUAUAGUUGCAUGGUGAGGAACGAGCUACUGAACGAGGAGUCAUUGACUUCGGCUACUAUUACAGGGCAGCACCUGAAAUUCCCAGCAGUUGCUUUAUGGCUGACAAUUGGACUCUCUGUGUGUCUGCUGGUACUGUUGGGUGCCCUGGGCUAUGUGUGCAGGCGGAAGAUACAGCAGAGUUGCAAGGAGAAUGAAGGAGAACACGGUGUGGAAGAGGAUGCGAAAGCAAAGACAGCCAUGAAGCCCUUGAAAAGUACUGAAGACAAAGCAGAAGAGGAGGUACUUGAAUAAUACCAACGAAACCAAGCAAGAGCCACACCACAAGAGUUUUCACCGUUUAGCUGCCUUACUCAUGGUUGUGACCAUUGAAAACAUCUUAGCUGACAGGACCCAAGGCUGAGAUUGACUGAACGGCCAGACACGAAUGUUUUGAGCUGAAUUCUUGAUGUUUUGCUUGUUUAGCCAAACUGUUUAUUCCAUUAUCCUGAGAUUUGCUGCAGGUGCCACUGUUUAACAGCCAACAUGCUGUAUGGCAUUAAGAGUGUGGAUAAUUACACUUCUUUAUGGAUUUAGCCAAAUCCUUGACAUCUUGUCCGGCUUAAUUCCUGAAGAACAAAGAUCACCGUUAAGAAUGCUGAACAGUGUGAAACUGAAUGAAAUUUGUGUGUGUAGAAUUGAACUGACUUUUUUCCCAGGGUUAUGUUUUGAUUUAAUACCUGUUCAACAGUGUGAUGUAUACCCAGCCAGCUGUUGGCUACCUAUAAAACAUCUGAUACCCCUUGCAAUCAUAAUUAGUCAUUCCAGUUGUUAAGCAGUGGCUUUGUUUGCUGCCAGGUUGUUAGAAAACCUUUACAUUGUUUUAAUCUCUACUUUGCAAGAAUUUUUUUUUCAUAGUAAUGCUCAUUAAUGGCUUACUAGACCAGUUACAAAAUGCCAUGUGAUAAUAGUAUGUUUUCAGGGAAGAGGAAGAUCUCUGAUUGGCUACUUGACAAAGGAUAUUAAAUUAUUCCUAUUAAUUUUCCAUCUGUUAAUUUAUCUGGAUGGAAAAUCUAAAGCUGCUGUCUCCAGUUUCCUAGCUCGUGUUUCUUACAAGGUCUGGAUUUCACUGAUAGUACCUACAUGAAUAGCCCUCGCUAUAUAGUCUUCAAAUAGGCUGCACUACAAGACAUCAGCACCUUUAGCUGGAGUAGGCUGCCCUGUCUCAUGAGACCACUCUGCCGUUUAAAAGUUCGUGACUUUCUGAAAGUAUUCCCUUUGGUUCUAAAUAGCGCACCAGGUGAAACAGUCUUUCAGCAUCUUUUGGUAAAAUCUUUUCAAUUAAAUCGUCUCUUGUUCUUUUUCUCUGUAAUUCAUAGAUCCAAUCUGCUCUCAUUUUUUCAUCCUAGGAAUUAACCUUGUGAACUUUCUCUGAGCAGGCUUUUGUUUCCCCAAACAAGAAAACCAAAUUUUUUGGUAGUACACCAGGCAUUGUCUCACCCACAUCGUGUCCAGUUGCAGCAGGAUUACUUUUAUGUCAAAAAAUCGGUAUGUAUUUGCUCCGUAGUGCAGUGAAACUAAAUCAUAUUCAAAUCUUGUGAUUUACAUGCACAGGUUAAUGCUUUCUCCUGUGUCGGAACUGUUUUAUAAACUGGAAGAAUUUUUGACUUAACAUUUGUGACUAAGGACCUUACCUCCCAAGAAAUGACUAGAAACCACAAGAUAUGAGCAGAAUUGGGACAUUCGACCCAUUGUCUGCUCCACUUUUUAUGCCUCUCAAAACCAUUCUUUAUGUCUCCUCCCUGUGAUCUCUGACACCCUGAAUAGUGGUAGUCCUUCAGAUUCGAAGAAGACACGCUGUUGUGCAGCUCAUCUGUGAUCACGGAGGUGGCUCUGCAGUCCCGGUCUGGAAGCGCAGAGUCUAGCACAUGGGGGCACAGGAAGUCCAUUGUUGUAAUAAUUGUGGCUGCUGUUCUGUGACGCCACUCAUGGUUUUCCAUCAGUUUUUGGUAGCACCUGUCUUCAAAACUGGUGUAGGCAUCAUAGCACAGGGCUCACCAGCGGGUUCUGUCAGCAGCUGCAGCUUCUAGUUCCCUUAGCUGGAUGUCACAGUAGUGUAGGGUUUCCUUCACAGCGUCUUUGUAGCGCUUGUAUAGAUGACCUUGAGGUCUCUUUCCAGUUCACCAUAGAACAUCUGAAGAGGCACUGCAACUGGGCUCUGAUGAUCAGGGACUCAAUGCUGGUGGACUCCGCGUGAUCCAAGACCUCCAGUUUGGAGACACGGUCUUGCCAAUGAAUGCCAAGGAUGGAGCGGAAAUUUCUCCAGUUGUUUGAUGUGUCGUCGGUACAGAGUCCAGGUCUCACAUCCAUAUAGGAGAGAAGGGAUGACCACAGCUCUGUAGACUUUCGGCCUUGUGGAGAUGCAGACGUUGUGUUGAUUGAACACUCUGGCACGCAGCCUCCCCAGAGCCUGGCUGGCCUUGCUGAUCCUGGAGUCAAUUUCUUUGUCCAAAGACCCAUCACUCGAGACAAUGCUUCCCAAGUAUUUGAAGCUGUUUACAUUUGCCAGCUGGGUGUCAUCAACAGUGAUUUUUGGUUCUAUGGGGUUGGUGUUUGGCACGGGCUGGUGAAGUACUUCAGUCUUGUUCAGGCUGAUAGUCAGGCCAUAGGGCGCAGCAGCGUCUGAGAAUUUGUUCAGCAUCAACUGCAGAUACUGUCUUUGUGUGCCAGGAGCGCAAAGAGGAUUUCUUGAUGACUGUAUGGAGGCACUUCAUCCGUGCGUUCAAGCAGCGAAGGUCAAAGAGAGAGCAGUCCAAUGGGAACCUGAUGUACACUCCCUCCUUCAGACCUUGGAUAGCACGUGACAACGUGCAAGUGAAGAACAGAUUGAACAGGACUGGGACGAGUACACAGCCCUGCUUCAUCCCAUUGGAAAUGGCAAAUGCAGCUGACGUAUCACCACUGCAAAGGACCUGUCCUGUCAUUCCAUCGUGGAACAGCUGAAUCAUCUUUAUGAAUUUCCUCGGGCAUCCAUAACGUCUCAGGAUGAUCCAGAGAGCCUCCCUGUUUACAGUGUAAAAUGACUUUGUCAGGUCAAUGAAGACAGGGUAAAGAGGCUUGUUCUGUUCGAUGUACUUCUCCUGGACUUGCCACAUGGCAGAUAUCAUGUCUACUGUUCUCUGUUCUGGCGGAAAGCCACACUGCGCCUCCGGGAAGUUCCUUUCCAAGACAGUGACAAGUCUGUUCAGAAGAAUGCGGGCAAAAAUCUUGCCUGCGAUGGACAGCAGUGAGAUACCCCUGUAGUUCCGCAGUCUGAUUUGCUUCCCUUGUUUUCGUAGACAGCCACGAUGAGGGCAUUGCGGAAGUCAUCAGGUAUCUCCUCUGUGAUCCAGAUGUCUUCCAGGAUGUCUUGAAAUGCCUGUAAGGCAUUUAGGCCUGAUGCUUUGUAGAUCUUGGCAGGAAUGCCAUCCUGCCCUGUUGCUUUACUUGAGUUCACCUGCAAGAUCACUUUCUUGAUCUCAUCAGUAGUGGAGGGCAGGUCUAGGCCAUCCAGGACUAGCUGCUGAGGAUCUGCUGUUAGACAUCAGGAUCAACGGUGGACGGCCUAUUGAGUAGGUUGGCAAAGUGUUCAGCCAGUGGUUUUUCAGUCCUUAAUCGUCUUUGAUCAGGCUCAACACAUCAGAUGACAGACAGCAAGGGGGAGCAUCCUGAUUUAGAAGGACCAUAAACUGACUUUAUGGCGCUGAUGACCUCUCUGGUGGUAUACAUGUCUGCAUAGCAUUCCACCUGCUCAGCCUUUCUCUGCCACCACUCGUCCUGCAUUUCUCACAGUUCCCCCAGUACUUUGGACUGCAGGUGUUUAAACUUGUCUUUCUUUGAGACAGAUGAUGGGUCAUUCUGCCAGUCUGCAUAGGCCUUGUUCCUGGCCUAAAGGGCUGCUGAAAUGGUCUCACGGUUUUCAUCAAACCAAUCUUGAUGCACUCGGGUUUUCACUCGGGUUGUUGUAGUCUGCGUGAUGACAUCUUUGAGCAGCGUCCACUUUUCAGAACAGGUUCCCAGAAGCGGUGAAUUGCCGGAGAGUUUUUCAUUAAGUACAUCUUGAAAACGUUGGACUUGACCUGGGUCUUGCAGUUUGCUGAUGUUGAAUGACACUCGGACAGUCUUUGGUUGAUUACGAUGCAAAGGGCUAUGUGCAGGUUGAGGAGUGAUCAAACCAGCCUGUGAUCUGUCCAACACUCAGCACCUCGCAUGGCCUGGGUGAUGGUGACGUUUUGAAGGUCACGCUGGCGUACUAUGACAUAGUCGAGUAGGUGCCGGUGUUUGGACCUGGGAUACAUCCAGGUUGUUUUGUACUCGUUUGCAAGUCUGAACAUCGUGUUAGGUUGUGCUUGGCACACUUGCUCAGAAGCAGCAGCCUGUUGCCGUUUAGUUUUCCCACCCCGUGUCUCCCAAGGACUCCGUCCCAGUUGUCGCUGACUGUCCCCACCCUAGCGUUGAAGUCGCCCAAGAUGAUGAGUUUGUCACCGGCGGGGGUUGUCCGAAUAGGCUGGUCCAGGUCCUCAUAGAAACUUUCCUUGUCUUCGUCUGGACCUACGAGAGUUGGUACAUAGACACUGACAAUGGUGAUAUACCGGGACUUGCAGAGAGGAAAGUAGAAUUUCAUGAUACAUUCAUUUAUUCCAGUGGGUAGAAUAGGGAUAUUCUUCAGCAGAGCAGUUUUGAUUGCAAAACCUACCCUGUGGAUCCUGUCGUCAGUCUGUGGUUUCCCUUUCCAAGAGAAUGUAUAUCCACUCACUGCUUCCUGUAACGAACCCUCGUCUGCAAGCCUGGUCUCACUGAGUGCAGCAAUGUCAAUGCUAUAGCGGCGGAGUUCAGCUGCUAUGAGUGCUGUUCGUCUUUCAGGCCUUGUCACUUUGUCGCUAUCCAGGCUCCAAAGAUGAGUUUCCUUCGAUUUGUUUUUCAUGUCGACCGCUAAGCAGAUGAUCUACCAGGAGGGGCUAUGAAAUGUCUGUGGUGUGUUGGAUUAAAGAAAAUCCCAGAGCAUUCAAAAAGAGCAAAAGGAUAACUAGGGAGAUGGUAGGACCACUCAAAACUAAAGGAAGGAACAUGUGCUUGGAGACAGAGAAUGUGGGCGUGGUACUUUUCAUCAGUUUUUACCAAGGAUAGUGAAGUCAGUAUGGAGCAUACUAAUAUGUUGGGGAAUUUUGGAGAAAAUGAAAAGGGUAGUGUCAGGUCUCUAGGGCUUUUUCUCAGUGGUGGAAUCUGAGGGGAGCCUUUAUGGAAGAUUAUAAGGUUAUGAGCUACAUAGGUAGAGUAGAUAGCCGCUGUCUUCCUGCCCUGAGUCAAAAUGUUUCUUACUAGAGGGCAUAAGGUGAGGGGGGUAGUUCAGCAGAGAUGUAUGGUAAACGUUUUUUACAGUUGAAUGGUGGCCAUCAGGCAUGCGCUUCCAGGGGUGUGAGUGAAGGCAAAUAUGAUAGGGACAUUUAAGAUCUUCUGUGUGCGGGGGGGGGGGGGGGGAGGAUAUGGACAUAGUGUAAGCGGAAGGGAUUAUUUUAGCUAGUCUUAUAAUUCCUAGUGCAAUUCAUUUUUUACAACAUCUUGACCCAAAGGGCAUGUUCCUGUGCUGUCUGUUCUAUGUUCAGAUCUGUACUAAUUAAUGAAUUCUAACUGAUAUUUAAAAUUAAAUAAGCUUUGUACUAAUCUAGCUAAUUUACCUAUCUGUGUGCAACUUUUGUUAUCUAACAGUAUCUUAGAAUUAGCAAAACUUUGGGCUACAAACAAUUCUCAGAACUCUUAAUCAAGAUUCAAGAUUGUUUAUUGUCAUUCUUCAGUAUACAAGUGAAAGGAAGACAAAAAGAUUGUUACUCUGGGCCAGAAAGAGCAUCUAAAAAUCGCAAUAAGUACAAAGAACACAAUAAAAAGCACAAAAUAAAGAUAAAAGCAAUCCAGAUUGUAUAAGAAUUAUGAAGAAACAGUCCAAAUGUUUGUUUUGUAGAUACUGUAAAUCUCUCCCAGUGUAUCCUUGGUGUUAGGGCUCAGGAGGGAAGGUAGUCCGUCCAGCAUUUAAUUGAAGAAUGUUCAAUUGUCCCAGAUCAGUGACUGCUAACUACAGAUGAGUUUGUACAUCAGCCUUUGUUAAUAUACACACAUAGUCUACUUCCUUUGGAUUUCCCUGACUCAAGUUCCUAUUUGUGCAAAAUAGUCAUCCCAUUGUGUUGAGGCACCGAUUUAAGCACGUUUAGCCACGUUUCAGUAAAAACCAGAAUGUGGCAGUUUCUUAUCUCGCUCUCUCUCUCUCUCUCUGUUCAGUCUCAGUCUCACUGAACUCACUUUGCUUUCUAGCGAGCUGAUGUGGCCAUGAGAACUCCCAGCCUCAUCGGAUUAGCUCUUAGCCCAGCUCUUUCGCCAUGUUUCUGUCUCUUCUUGCACUGCUGGUGUCGGCUGCUCCCUCGGAUGAUGCCCCAUCACUGGGCCUGGUGUCCAAAGAAUACCUGAUCCACUCUGCAUCAAUAUUAACUCUGUAGCUGCCGGAUUAAAG